CGACAGGCUCGACAGGCUCGUGCCAGUUCCAUGGAAUCCUACAGACUGCUGAACAAGUUGCGGCCUCGCAACGGCCACACCUCCGGUGUUUGGUGGCCAACACGUCAGGAUCGGUUCUUGGAGGCAUCGGGCGGUGGGCGUUGGACUUCAACUAUAAGCCCGGCCCAGAGACACCGAAAUCAAGAAAACGGAACGUUUAUCUUUAGCCGCGGAACUGCUGAAGAAGCGGCACGAGAAAUCAACCAAAUACAGGAUGAAGAUGAUGCAUUUUUUGUUUGCGACCUCCGGGACAUAACCCGGAAGGUGGAUCUCUGGCGCCAGUGUCUGCCCCGUGUGACGCCAUUCUACGCCAUAAAGGCAUGCGGAGACCCUGUGGUACUCGCAGAGUUGAACGCCCAAGGAGUAAACUUCGAUUGCUCAAACACUCUAGAGAUAAUGACUAUGCUUGAAAUUGGUGUUCACCCAGAGCGCAUAAUCUACGCCCAUCCUGUAAAAAGCACGUCCCACGUGAAGUUUGCUGUACAAAACGGCGUGACGCUUAUGACGUUCGACUGUACCGAAGAGCUGCAAAAAAUCAAGGACAAGAACGCCAGGCUAUUACUUCGAAUAAAGGGCGACAACGAGGGUUGCAAAAUUUCAUUCGAUCAGAAAUAUGGCUGCAGCGUAGACGAAGCAAGACAUAUUCUGGAAACUGCUCGAGAUCUUCAUUGCAACGUGGUUGGUGUAUGCUUCCACGUGGGAGCUUUCUACCAGAACCCGCGGAUCUUCGCUCGCACUAUACAGAUGGCCAAGGCGGUGUUUGAUGUGGCGUCGGAUCUUGGAAGGCCCAUGACGAUCCUCAACAUAGGAGGCGGCUUUCCAGGGGGAGUUCGCAGCCUCUACACGUACAAACAGGUGUGUGAAUCUGUCCGGCGGGCUACCGAUGAGUACUUCCCCGCGUCGAGUGGAGUGCAGAUCAUCGCUGAGCCAGGCCAGUUCUUUGUGACGUCAGCCUAUUGCCUUGCUGUCCGAGUAGUCGGCAAAAGACGCAGGGAUAUUGUCCUUGACGGUGCAAUUCAGGCACACCAAGACGUCUUUCUCAACGAGAGCAGAGAUAACUGCGUCUCCCGUCAUCUGUACGAGUUCUCAGACGUGAAUAUCAGUGCCCUUAGAGGUGAGUUUAUGAGCUACGGGAAAUUUCGAUUACUUCACUGUCAUAGCGCACGCAAGCCAAGGUAA